GGGGUUGAGGGCUCUGGCAGCAAGACUGCCGAGGUUAAUAGCGACAUAAUAUUUUCAGUAGCAACAAUGACAAGCCUACCAUAUCCAUCGGAUCUCAGUUCCUCCUUGGAUCUUGUUGAGGUGGUUCUGAAUCACUUUAGCAUCGCUGGACUCCAACGACCGUUUCAACUCCCUCGGUUCUCGCCCACGUUCCCGAGUGUGGCGGCGUUUGUGGAGCUGGAAGUAAAGGUUCAAUUGGAGCUGAUGCGAGAAGAAUUUCACAACAAGAUUUGCCAUGUAAUCAAUUUCCCAAAACCCGAACAAGAAGGGAUCCGAAAGGCUGAGAAGCAUCUCAAAUUCUAUUUGCCAUAUGACUGUCGAGCUGCCGCCGAAUCCUUUCACCUGACUUUGCCCUCUUCAAGUAGCGUGGAGAAAGUGCCUCCUCGUUCCCAAUGGUCCAACUAUUUUGUGGUCUUGCAAACACAAAGCCAGGAGUCCAACACCAACGAACUCCAGCAUGUUGCACUUGCGUAUUGCAAACAAUUGCGCAAAGACGGUGUUGCUUUCCAGCUGAGUCGGCAUGAUUCCGCCAAAAUUGCUCACCUGGAACCGCAAACAGAAAUCUUUUGCCGGCCUCUUGCGGGUGGCACCUUCAAAAAGACGCUGUUUCAGGCAUUGAAAGAGUUGGAGAUUUCUGCCACCAGUUUGGAGAAUUCUCUUGUCACCAAACAGAUUCUGCAAGGUCACUUAGAUACACAUAUCAAGACUCUAGAUGAGCUUGAUCAAUGGAUCGGGUCUUCGAAAGCCGGUUCUGAUGGCUUGGCUAUUGAUUUGGACCAAUUCAAUCAUCAGCAACAGCGAGCAUUGGCCCUGGACGCACUCUCUGCAGAGGGUAUCGUUAUGUGUCAAGGGCCACCAGGGACGGGGAAAUCGCAUAUACUCUGUCAUGGCUUACUACCCCAAGCUGUCCAGCGAAGGGAGAAGGUUUUGGUCGUAUGUAACUCAAAUGUGGCAGUGGAUGCACUCAUGCUCAAGAGCGUUAAAAUCUCUGGGCUAGUGGGACGCAUGAUACGAUGUGGAUUCAAGGGCAACAUCGACGAUGAAAUUGUGAAAAUGGGGUUGUAUGCCGAAGGAGACGCGGAGGCCAUCAUGGAUCGUUAUGGCAACCAACCAGGGAGCAACUCAAAUACAAAUGACCAACUCGUCCAAGGUCAGAUUCGAGCCAAGAAGAUUGUUUUCACCACAAUUCACUACGCGAGCAAGGAGAAGAAAGCAUCAACAAGCACUGCAUAUUGGAACUUUGAUACACUCAUCUUGGACGAGGCUGCACAGAUUGAAGAUUCCAAACUCUUCGUGCUGCUGGCUCGUUGUCCCUCGUUGAAAAAGAUCUUGCUUAUUGGUGACCCAAAACAAAUUCAGCCCUAUAUCAGCGACUCUCUGCGCAAACAAGGCUACGGAAAGUCAACGAUGGAGCGCUUGAUGGAGUCGGCAACAAGUAAUGCUGCCACCGAUAGCGGAAAAGCACCUUUCGUCAUGCUGGAGCGUCAAUUUCGAAUGGCCCCACUUCUUCGGAGUGUUGUAAGCGAAUUGUUCUACGACAAUCGACUGGAGGACGAUGAGUGCGUCAAGGAUCGUGGCCCGAUCAAGUCGGUGCCACUGACACCUCUUCUUGUGAUCAACGUGCGUGGGACCAAAAUGAUGUUCAGCAAGCUUCACCAGUCCUAUGCGAAUCAUGGCGAAGCAACAGUCGUCAAGGAGAUCUACGACUUCUUGUUCUCUGCAGAUUUUAAUGAAGUGCUCAACACAGGAUCCCUCCAAUUUGACGAUGUCUGUGUUUUGACACCUUACAAUUUGCACAAGGACAGGCUGCGAUCUCUUAUCUGCGGAGCCAAUGAAGACGACUUGGAUGCCUACGCAGGCCAUGUCUAUGGCCGGAGCCAGGGGUCGCCCGCUAAGAAGUCCCAAUCCAUCCUCGGGUUGUCAGCUGACGACAACGUGGAUGCGAACAAGGCGACCCAGCUUCAAAAUAUUGACACGGUGGACAAGUUCCAAGGAAGCGAACGAAAGGUUGUCAUCGUGUCCACCUGUGUGGAUCAGAAACCGCAACGAGCUGCUGAUCCACAUUUCAUCGACGUGGCUUGCUCGAGAGCUCAACAUUUGCUUAUCGUGGUUGGCAACUUUACCGAUGCCCUGGCUCUCGACCCAAACUGGUCGCGAGUGCACGCUAGGGCUGUUGAAGAAGGCACGUACCUUGAGCACACGAUCGACACCGACGAGGAAGAUUCGUUCGAUGCGAGCAGGCUCAUGGAGAAAGUUGCGAAGCUGGUGGAAAGCAAGUCGAAGAAGCGAAGGACCAGCUAACCCUUUCCGACGUACUUUCAGGGCCAACGCCGGAGAUGGAGAUGACUGUUGGGCCAAGCUGCCUGUACCUACUUCCAAAUUUGCUGGAAAGCAAGUUUUCGCAAUACACUGUUGGCUGUUUGGUUGCCAGGCUUCAGGACGACCUCAUGAAGAAGCUAACACUGCCUAUCCAUGGUGGACUUUCUGGGUGAACGGGGUCUCAUUAUUGUGACUGGCAUUGUCAGGCACAGGUACCGUAGUGGGGCUUUCGUUGCCACGGUACCAGUAGUACCUGGAGGGGUGUCAAAUCUUUAGCUUCCUUCCUUGCUGGAUUUUUAACAUUGAGACCUCUCCAUCUCCUCCUUCCUUCUGAUCUGUUUAAUGUACCGGUACACGGAAGCGAGCCAUGUUGCAGGAUGGUUGGUUAACUGCUGGGCACGAUCUUGUACCAUGAACUUCACAGUUUCCAUUUUCGAACCGGAGUAGACGUGACGACGAGACGCUAGCUUGUGACAGGGUUUUGAUUGGGAUGAGUACGUAGGGUUUUGAUUGGGAUGAGCACGUAGAAUGUAAUGGUAUGCAUUAUGCUAUUUCCUUUCGAUUUGGUUGAUUUGCGUCUGUUUCAACAGCUGCUGCGGGCAAGGUUGGCCACAAAAGUGUUGUAGUCUGCAACCACCUGAUUCGCAUAGUCGUAGGCAAUAUGGCGGACUUGUGCGCGAAAUUCCGAGUGAUGGCCAUCCGUGAGAAUAUCAAUUUGCUUGUCGACGCUCUUGGUCACAUAUUCAUUCGUAUCUUGGUCUGCACGGGCAUGGGCUGUGGCCAAAACGGCACCCCAUUGCGCUGCGAGUUCUUCGUAAUCUCCCGUAUUGGUAACUCCCGAGUCGUCGCCAUCUGGGUCGUAGGUUUUCUUGAAAGGAGAACGUUCACGAACACUAAAGUAGCCACCACUGGUAUUAGGAAGGUGCAUCCAGCCCAGAUGAUUGUCGGCCUCGUCAAUUAGCGCCUUGUAAGCAACGGCAUGUCGCUCGGCGUGGUUACCGUGAAAGUGGGCGUCGUAAUCUGCCCGAGUGUUGUCGUUCACCAAGUAAACAUAGGGGGUAGGAUGAGAUUGAAGCUUGACAUCCAAAAUGAUAUCGUCAUCCUGAUCCUCGGAUGGUCCCUCCACCAAGAUAUAGUAGCGUUCACGGCCUCGGCUUCCCGUUCCUGCCGCCACACGCUUGGCAAUGUCCUUGAUGUCAAAGUAUUCCCCCGUACCGGUUCCUUUGUUGCUAUAGGAGGUACUGGCAACAUAAGCAUCCAAGGCUGCUUGUAUAUCUGC